CAAUUGGUUAAGGAAUAUUUUGAUGGAACUUUCUCUGUACAUUACUUUUAAACCGUUGGUCAAGGUGUUGAAAAAUCUUAUCGCUUGAUUUUUCAUCAAUUUAUUCUCCCUCGUUGUUACAAUAUUAUUGUUCAUGAAACAAUGCCUAAUCUUAUUUGUAUUGGUUUGGCAGGAUGAAUUGAUCUUAUUAUUCUUAGCUAAUCUACAAAAAUCAAACAUCAAAACGCUGAAAAAUACAGAAAUUCUGUGACCACCGCAACUGACCCAUUUUAAUAGAUCUAAACUGACAUCAGCUUAUAUUUAGUUCAUCCCAGUGAAUAUCAAUUGAUCAGCUCAAACCAAGGAUAGUUUGUCAAGAAGUUUAGUUACAAUGGCAUGAUGAUUUCGAUGCAAGUGUUAUGUAUAGUCACAGGAAGUAAGCGCUAAUUUUACUAAGUGAGAAUAAGAAGGACCUUGGAAAAUUUAAUUUUGUUUCGCUGCUAAUUUUGUGAAACUUUUCAUUUUUGUAUCAUCCAGCACAUCCGAAAUGCGUAUUGUUCGUUACUCAUGGAGGUGUAUCGAGUGCAAUGGAGGCGGUCAAAUAUGCAGUGCCUAUGGUCGCAAUACCUUUCUUUGAUGACCAAAUAAUGACUGCAGCAAGUAUUGAGUAUUACGGAUACGGAUUGCGCGUGCUGUACGAUCACAACUUCACGGAGAUAACGCUGCGCUGGGCAGUGAAGACUGUUUUGGAAGAUCCACGGUUUAAGGAAAAUGUUAAAAGAGGUUCAAAAAUUCUAUCUGACAAACCCAUGUCAUCUUUAGACACCGCUAUCUAUUGGAUAGAAUAUGUGACUAGGCACAAAGGAGCUCAUCACUUGAAACCUUUAACUGUCAAGAUGCCGUGGUACCAACUUCUUUUAUUGGAUAUCAUCGUGGUAUACUUAGUUGCAAGCAUAGCGAUUGUCAUUUUAGUUGUAGCACUGAUCAAGUUUUUUUGCAAAACUGCUCGAAGGUGGAAUUUAUCAAAAGAAAAAGUAAACUGAACAAGUCGCAAAAAGA